CAAAGACCUAACUGUUUAUAAAUGAAGCGUGGGGCGCAAGCUGCCAUCCAGUCCUUGUUUAUUUUAUUCAAGUGAAAACACCUAUUUAAAGCCUGCCUGCUUCAAAUGCUUAGCUCUAAUCCAGGCUUGAAGCACUAGCUUUCUCAGAAGGAAAGUUAAUCAAUGGAAAGCCAGUACCAGACCUACACUUUGGUGUCCAUUGUGGCAUGAAGACAUAGACUGGACCAGACACUUUGCUCUUUUUAAUUUGUAUAUUCCACUUAAGGAAUUGCUUAUUUUUUACAGAAAAGCUGAUUCUUCACAUACAUGUUUUCAACUUGCUGCAGAUUUUCACCAGAAUAUAAUCCCCCCUGAAAACCAGAGACAGAAAGUGACAUCUGGGAAUUAAACCUGAGAAGAGCAAACAAAAGCGAAAUUAAAUGAAGCCAGAGGAAGCAGAGACACGACUAGCGAAGCUGACGCCCUUCGAGAAAGCCAUGCGCGACAUGUCACAGAACGAGCGCGUGCUGAGUGACAUCAUGCUGGAAAGGCGCGUCGCCCUCUAUGAGCUCCGGGGGGUGGUGGGAAAGGGCAACUUCUCGCAGGUGAAGCUGGGCAUCCACACCCUGACCAAAGAGAGGGUUGCGGUCAAGGUUAUGGAUAAGAUCCGUCUGGGCGUGAAGCUCAAGAAGCUGAUAGUAUCUGAGAUAUCCUGCAUGGAACAACUGUCACAUCCAAACAUCAUUCGCUUGUAUGAGGCGUUUGAGACAACAAAGAACAUUUACUUGGUGACGGAGUACGGCAGUAAAGGGGAUCUCGACUCUCACACGAGAGCCAAGGGCUACUUGUCUGAAAUGGAGAGCAAAGACAUCUUUGGGCAAGUCCUGUCUGCCGUCAAGUACAUGCAUAACAAGAAUAUCGUCCACAGGGACCUGAAAGCGGAGAACAUCAUACUCACCUCCAGCUGCCUGGCUAAGGUGGCCGAUUUUGGCUUUAGCACAGUCAGCAAGCCCGACGAAGUCCUCACCACCUUCUGUGGCUCUCCUCCUUAUGCAGCCCCCGAGAUCUUCAGGGGGAGAGGCUACGUGGGCCGUCAUGUCGAUAUCUGGGCACUUGGGGUUCUGCUGUACUUCAUGGUCACAGGCCUCUAUCCAUUCCGUGGUGCCAAUUUGGCCCGACUGAGGCGCCGUAUCGCUCAGGCCACCUUCCAGACCCCCCCCCAAGUCUCCGAGUCGUGCCAGAUUGUCAUCAAGGGCAUUUUGCAGAAAGCGCCGCUCGAUCGUUUUACCAUCCAGCAGAUCAUGACCAGUCCGUGGCUGAAGGGAGCUGAGUACAUGAAGCCGUAUCCCGCCAUCAAGCUCACGCCUGCUUAUCUGACAGAGCCGUCCUGGACCCUGUGUGAGGAGGAGAAGGAAGUGAAGUCAACCCUUCUAAGCUUAGGCUUCUCAAAUGCUCAUCUGAAGAAUAACACCUGUGUCGACUCAUACAGCGCCAUCAUCGGCACCUACCGCAUCAUACUGCAUCGUGUCCAGAAGAACAAGUCACUGGAGAAUGCCAGCUGCUUGUGCAUCGUGCCCAGGAGAAUAUGGCUGUGGAGAACAAUGGCCUUGCGCACACCCCCGCUCACUCCAUGGUGACCACCGUCAUGCGCACGCCGCGUGUCGUCAGUGCAACACUUCUAUUCCGCAUCAGACGGAAGGCACAAGCUCUUUCCAUAACGACAUCACUUCAGUAAAGUCUGCCGUAGUGUAAAAGUAGUAUUUUACUAAUCCUCUCUGUAAAUAAACAUAUGUUAAGAAGUGUGGUGUUUCUCAGGACCCUGUAAAGCCUUAUAGCCUGUCAAAGUGUCACAAGCGCAGGGUCUUUCCCUGGCCGCGUUUGGCCAACGGACUGUCAGCAGCUGACGCAGGAUAGCUAACUUUAGCAUAAGCUGAUUAAAAUUAAAAUUCUUGGAAGACCAA